AUGGUUCGCCUGACCGACCUGUUGGCUCAGCCCAAUCCAUCGGGCGAAGACGUCGAAGCUGUCCUCGAAUAUCUCAUCACGAAACGACAAGCUCUCUACGACCUUGAUCGCUCCAUCUUGGAGGCAACCCCAGAAGACGAGUUGGACGCAGAACUCAGCGGCGCAUUGGAAUACGAACAGAACCUCGAAGAGGCCAUCGCACGAGCACGUCGGUCGCUGCGACACAUCCCGACUUCGGCGCCCGUUGUCCAGCAGCGCUCUGAUGCCUCGAAGUCUGUCGCACUUCCGAAACUCCAGAUCCCAAAGUUCUCCGGCAAACUUCAGGAAUGGCAACAAUUUUGGGAGCAUUUCGACGUGUCAAUUCAUUCCAACCAGGCGCUAGCUGCUGUCGAGAAGUUCAAGUAUCUAGCGUCCUACCUCGUCGACGACGCGAGGCGCACUAUCGAAGCUCUUCGUCCGGUGACUUGUUCUGGACAGGUGUCCCAGUUAAGGCAUCUACUUGACGAGGUCUCCUUUCGCAAGUCUGCGUUGGCGGCGUUGGACGUUCCCAAGGAGCACUACGCCGUUAUCCUUGAACGCGUCAUCACGCGGUGCCUUCCUGAGGAUCUUUGUGUGCUCUUUCGUCAACGAAGGGUAGAUGCGACCGAUGCCUCACGUCGAGAACGCGGCGGCGACGAUACUACCAAUACCUCACGUCGAGACCGCGGAGGAGGUGGCGCAGUAGAUACGCCGACGGAAAACUUCGAGGCUCUUAUCUCCUUUCUCAAAGUCCAAGUCGAGACGCGGGAAGAAGUUGCCUUAACUCGUGCAACCGGUCAGGCCUCCCAGCGUCCGAGCCGAAGUCCAAGCAUUCUCCCUAGCCCGGCGACUGCCUCAGCCCUAGCAGCGACGAGCGGGCGUUCUCCGGGGCUAAUGGAUCAUCAGCUACGUCCGAGUUCUCGGCCACCGUCUGACUCGUGCCCAUUGUGUGGGUCCACCGAUCACCCGCUUCAGUCCUGUACAGUCUAUUUGUCCCCCGCCGACAAGAAGCUACGUAUAUCUCGAACAGGCAGAUGUUUUCGAUGCGGGAAACCUGGUCAUCCUUCAAGACUGUGCAGAACGGCAGCGCUGUUGUCCUGCGCCACUUGCCACGGCCGGCACCUUUCUGUACUGUGCGACAUCCAGAGGCGUGAUGCCCCGCAGCGCACCAGCGAGACACCCGUUUCUCAAUCGGGGAGGCAGAAUUCGACUCCGCAACCCCUCAGCCGAACUACGACAUCACUAGCCUCAAGUCUGCAGAAUACUGGGGGAAUUGCUCGGCUGCAAACUGCUACAGUGUGGGCGUCUGGCCCGGCGGGCAGAAGGCAAAUUCGCAUCCUCCUCGACACCGGAAGCCAGCAGACGUUCAUUCGACGUGACCUUUUGCAGCAGCUGAGGUGUGAGGUCGAGGGUGAAGAGAGUUUGUCUGUAUUCUCAUUUGCGGCGACGCAUCCCAAGCAUUACCGCUGCGAGCAGGUCACGGUGCGCCUCGAAUCCCUCUUCGAAAGCGACUCCGUUGUCGACUUAACGGCUCUUGGCGUCGACGACCUUUGCCACGUCGUUGUUCCUCCAUUGGGCAUCAAGACAAUCAGGGUGAUGCAAGAGCGCGGCUUGCCAUUUGCCGACACAUGUCACACCGCAGAGAUUGGAGUGUUGGUGGGAGCAGACUACUAUUGGAAGGUAGUCACCGGUAAUGUCGAACGCCUCGCUACCGACCUCAUAGCCGUUGAAACCAUCUUCGGAUGGAUUGUACAGAACGUCGGGGGUCCCGUCCGUGGAACGAUAUCAUCGUUGGUGUCAGUCUUCUUCCUCGCACACGAAGAUCAGGAUCACUUCGAGAGUAUUGACCCGUCAGAGAUGUGGCGUCUGGACGCCCUCGGUAUUGCCGACCACGUUGCCGGCGACGACGACUCCGUCGCCUCACUUUGCUUCUCAAGUCAAGUAGAAAAGCGUAAUGGCCGCUAUGUGGUUCCACUUAUGGUUAAGGGCUCUGGACUUCCAGCCGAAGCAAACAACCGGGUAACGGCGGCGCAGCGGCUGGUCGCGCAGUUGCGGCGUUUUCGUACUUCCCCGCAGCUACUUCUCAAUUACGAUUCCGUCAUUCGGGAAUACUUUGACGAGGGUCAUGCCGAACGGGUUGCUGAUGUUUCGAACCAAACCGACAACGUGUACUACAUGCCCCAUCACGCCGUGAUCCGGAAAGACGCCGUAACGACGAAGCUCCGCGUCGUCUUCGAUGCCUCGUCUCACUGCCCCGGCCAACCGUCUCUAAACAGUCUCCUCAUGAAAGGACCCAAGCUUAACGCCGACCUCAUACAUCUAUUACUAGUGUUUCGCUGCAGCACCGUCGUCCUCACGGCAGAUAUAAGAAAGGCGUAUCUACAAAUCAGUAUUCGAACAGAUGAUAGAGAUCUCCUCCGCUUCCUAUGGGUGCAGGACGUCGCCGCCCAUGAGAGCCCGCAGAUUGAGGAGUGGCGCAUGACCAGGGUCCCCUUCGGCGCCACAUCCAGCCCUUUCUUGCUGGCGGCAACGUUACAGCAUCAUCUCGCUUCCGUGGCCUCUCGAUACCCGAUGACUGUUCCACGGCUUUGUACAGGGUUCUACGUCGACGAUUUGGUUGUGGGAUGCACGUCAGAACCCGACGCCCUUCAAGUGUAUGGCGACACCAUUGACAUACUCCAGGAAGCCGGUAUGGAUAUACGGAAAUGGACUUCAAAUUCAUCCGCACUUCGCGAGCGGUUUCUGUCGGACGAGGUUUCCUACGACAACGCAUCCGAUGGCAACGCAACGAUCAAGGUGCUGGGCUUGUUGUGGGACCGGGACACAGAUAGUCUCACCUUUUCGGUCAAACGAGCACUCACGUUGUCUGCGUCCCAUCCUCCUACGAAACGUACGGUGCUCAAGACAUUCUCCCUCAUCUAUGACCCGCUCGGCUAUCUCGCACCCUUCAUCGUAACCGUCAAGCUCCUGUUUCAAAAUUUAUGGCGCAAGUCGUUGCCAUGGGACGCUGAGUUUGCAACGGAAGAUCUUGUGGUCUGGGAGAAAUGGAAGGCUGAACUGUCAGGCAUCGAUGCGUUGCACCUGUCGCGUAGCGUCUUUCCGCAGAGCAAGGCCCCGCUUGAUGUGCAUUGCUUCGCCGACGCUAGUCCCAAGGCCUACGGCACAACAGUAUACGUUCGCAGCCGCCCCAAUAACGGCACGACUUCUACGCGGUUGCUUUUAGCGAGAGCCCGCCUAGCUCCAUUGAAAGAACUCUCGUUGCCGCGUCUCGAACUGCUGGCAUGCCUGCUGUCCACGCGUCUUUAUCGCCAUAUCUCGACGGUAGAAGCCUUAAAGGUUGCCCCCAUUCACUUCUGGACGGAUUCAAGCAUCGCGCUCCAAUGGAUUCAGUGCGACACGAACACUCGCCCCUCCUUUGUCAAGUCGAUGGUGGCAAAAAUCUUAUCGUCUUCACGACCGGAACAAUGGCGGCACUGCAACGGACGCGACAACCCCGCAGACCUAGUGACCCGCGGCAUCUCCGCCAGGUGCCUACGGAACAGCCCGCUGUGGUGGAGUGGUCCUCCCUGGCUGUCCGCAGGCGAUAUCGGCCCUCCUACAAUUCCAGACCCAAAUGUCAACGACACCUGCACGACGGUGAGCGCUGCACCGGAAGCUCCCGAUACCGAAGUGGUCGUUCAUCCAGUGUCGGCCACGCAGAACUGGAUGGACCUCUCAGCUUACAGCACCCUCUCUCGACUUCUCCGAGUUACGGCUUGGUGCGCUAGGUUCGUCCGCAACAGUAGGCCCCGCCAACCGUGUACAACGGGUCCACUUACGUCCGAAGAGCUUCGACACGCCGAAACCAUAUGGGUCUCACAUGUCCAAACCGAAGCCUUUCGGGACGACAUCUUGGCGCUCAGACACGGCAGCGUUGCUGCGACAUCUUCGUCGGUACGUGUUUUCCAGCCAUUUCUCGACGCCUCCGGAAUACUGCGCGUCGGCGGUCGUCUUCACCAACUUCAAGAUUCGUACCAGAUCAAGCAUCCCAUCCUCCUACCGCCUAAGCAUCGAUUCACGGAGCUCAUCAUACUCGACGCCCACCAGCGCUUGCUACACGCCGGCGUGCAAGACACCAUCGCCGAGGUCCGAAGCACAUUUUGGGUUGUCCGCGGACGGCAAACCACAAGGCGUGUCCUUCGCUCAUGCUUGACCUGCCGCAGACUAAGGGCGCACCUUGAGACAGCCCCAGUGUCACCUCUACCUCGGGAGCGUAUAACGCCGGCAAAUCCGUUCACAGUUGUCGGCGUAGAUUUCGCGGGACCGCUCUAUAUCUCAAGGUCGGCUUCUCCCAAGACGUACGUAGCCCUUUUCACGUGCGGUGUCACAAGGGCCGUCCACCUCGAACUUGUGUCCUCUAUGAGCGUGCCUGAUUUCCUGCUUGCCUUCCGACGGUUCAUCUCUAGGCGUGGGGUACCCUCCCUCAUCUUUUCCGACAACGCUCGCACCUUUCGCAAAUGCUCGUCCCUCCUCUCCCUGGUUAGCGCAAGAGAUGUACUAGACUUUGCCACCCAGCAUCGCAUCGCCUGGCGAUUCAUUGUUGAGCGAGCUCCUUGGUGGGGAGGCUGGUGGGAACGGCUCAUACGAACUGUAAAGGAAGCCCUAAGACGCUGCCUUGGGAGAAAGCGCCUCACCUUUGAGCAGUUAACUACGACACUCUGUGAAGUAGAAGCCAUCGUCAACUCCCGCCCACUCACGCAUAUUGGAGCUGAUCCCGGGGAGCUUGAGCCACUUACCCCAUCCCACUUUCUGUUAGGGAAACGAGCAGUGGCUUUGCCUGAUGAAUUCGCUGCCGAUGCAUCACGCCAGAACGACCUGCGGCUCAGUUUUCGUGUCAUUCAUCAGGCAAGGAAGCAGUUCUGGAAGCGCUGGACGCGCGAAUACCUCCUUCAGCUGCGGUCAGCGCACGCAACCUCCUCACCAGCAGUGUCCGAGACGCAACUGAGGGAAGGCGACGUCGUGCAAGUGCAAGAAGACCAUCUCCGUCCAUCGUUUUGGAAGUUGGCUCGCGUGUCAAGCGUCAUACGAGGGCGAGACGGCGUCGUACGGGCGUGCUCGCUGCGCCUGGCCAACGGGUCAUCAAUCGUCCGACCCGUCCAAAGGCUUUGUCGCCUCGAAGUUGACGCGCCCCAAGUCCCGGCGCGGGAUGAUGUUGCAUAA